AAACUCAUCAAUCGUUCCUCAAUCCUUCUUCGCCCUUCGUCGACUGUCGCUCCCGUCGCCCGCCAUCCUCACUCCCUGCUCCCUUACAUUAUAGCAGCAUCGCUUUGCCGACAUCGUACUUACGACGGUAUCGAUUAGCGCUUAGCAUUCUUUGCUGGUCCAUUCCAUGGCCGAGGACGCCACGUCUGAAAACGAGCCCAAGCCAAGCACAGUGCCGGCAGAGUCAGAGGACGGCGAGAUCCACGAGGGCAACGCGCCGCCCUCUGAGAAGCCGGCUGGAUCUUCAGACGAAAACGCGCCUCCACUGCCAGACGAAGAACCGCCUCCGCUGCCCAACGAACCGACCCCCGAGGACGACGGCUGGCAGCCAGUGUGGGAUGAUUCGAAGCAAGCAUGGUACUUUUACAAUCGUUUUACUGGCAAGUCACAGUGGGAGAACCCACGCGUGCCCGAAGCUACGGCUUCGAUAGCGACAGGGCCGGCCAGCGACGCGACCGCAGCAUCCUCAUCCGCAGCGACCAGGUCGACAGGCGCUGCAGGAGGCUACAACCCCGCGAUACACGGGGACUACGACCCUAACGCAGACUACGCCCUCGCCAACAAAGACCCUGACGACGAUAUCGACUACGAAGCCCCGACGAUCACCGACCCGAGCCAGCUGUACGCUCAGGCCGGCAGCUUCAACCGCUUUACUGGCAAAUGGCAAGCCGCCGACCUGGGUCCUGAGAGGCACAGUGAUGCAGAAAAGGCGAGGCGGCAAAUGCGCGCCAUCUUCGAUGUGGACGCUGCCGCAAAUAGCCACGAUGGACGCAGCUUAAAAGAGGAGCGACGCAACCGGAAGUUGACAAAGGAGCAGAUCAAGGCGUUCAAUGACAAGAGGAGAGCGAAAAAGGAGGAGAAGAGGCGUGCCUGGCUGAAGGACUGAUCACAAAAGCUUGGUUUGAUGUGGAGAAGAGUUUCGACUGGAUACAUCAUGGCUUCCUGGAAAUCGGGGACGAUAUUCUCUAGGCCGCAGAGAGCACAUAGAAUAUCGGCAUGCGCGGCUUACGCGAAUAACCGCCAUCAUGAGUCGGUAUUCUACGACGCUCAUCAGUGUGCUCGCAUGAGCUACUUAUAGUGGAUCCCAUCCGCCCAGGAAAGACACAGGACAGUACCAGAAGGAAGUUGCAUGUUUCCAACUUUCACAUUUUGGCCUCUAAAUUGAUUGAUCGCAUCAUUAAAUAUCGACUGCGUCCUAAAUAAAGCUGUAAAAUGUGUCUCUGCACGUCUUCUCUACGUGCAGCCCGCUUUGCGUUCAAGCUCGCACCUUCGGCGUCUCCCUUUAGCGAGAGAUAAAUGAAAGGGUAUCAAAAUACUCUACUUUUACAAGA